CUAUGAUUAUUUGUAUCCUUGUCGUAGUCGACAAAAAUUGGGAUUCGAUGGCAACAACUGCGAACGCGCGUUGACUACGAGUACCGUCCAAGACGUCCCCUCUCAAGAAAACACAGCCGUUUCUAUUUUGAAUCGCAGGUAUCGCAGCACGAAUCCACGAAAAACACAAUAUCGUUAUCGAAAUAUGACGGAAUGGCAUCCCUUGCGAUCGYAUGACAACGAGACCGCAUCGGACUCGUCGAGGCUGGCGUGGAAACAGCUUGACGAAACCGCGUUGGAGCGUGGUAGGCUUGUCGCCAACACCUCGCCGGCUAAGAUGCCUACGAUGGACCAUUCUUCGAUGGCUGACUAUGCCAACGUGUACGAGCCGAGCGACGACACGUACCUGCUGAUCGAUGCCCUCAAAUACGACUUGUUUUCCGGAUAUUCGGCCGACGAAAACGAUGGCGAGGUGGGSGAAGGCAGUGAAGUAGAGAUCGUCGAAAAGGCAGCUCUGGAAAUAUACCACGGRUCAGCCGGUAGCAACGACGACAACAAAGUAGUUGGAAACGACAGAAGCGGCAACGAACAGCACCGAACACGAAUUAUUCUCGAAGAGACGAUACGGAAGGAGGGGUGCGAAGAGGUCCAAUCGAAAAAGAUUGCCUUGCGGCUCGAGCAGCUAAAACGACUCGAACGAAUCCAGCUGGUGAUGGAAAUCGGUACCGGCUCGGGGGUUCCGAUCACCUACCUUUCCAAGAGAUUGAAGAKGGAAAAGCCACGCCACCYGCACAACGGGGACGAAACAGAAACMACUGCCGGCGAAGGCUUUUCUGUGGUGGCGACGGACCUGAAUUCCCUGGCCCUAGAGUUUGCCGAACGAACGGCCAAAGAAAACGGAGUCGUUCCCGUUGGUGCCGACGACGGCAAGCACGAGUGCCAAACACCGAAGGCGAGGAUCCGAUCGGUCGAAUUCGUGGAGUGCGACCUGGCGGAACCCCUGCUGGAGCGGCUGGGGGGGACMGCCGAUGUGGUCCUCUUCAACCCCCCGUACGUUCCCACGGACGACUCGGAGAUCUGCGGGAACGGCAUCGAGAUCAGCUGGGCGGGUGGGRAGGACGGCCGCCGCGUCAUCGAUCGGGCGCUCCCUCAGAUCGCCGAGCUCCUUCGCAAGCCUGAUGGUGCCUGCUAYAUGAUCACGGUCGACGACAACCUGCCGUGCGAGCUGGCCGCCGAGAUGGAGGAAUCGCACGGCCUGAGGAUGGUACCGCUGGUGCGGCGGAGGGCGCGGAACGAGUACCUAUCGGUCCAAAAGAUCACAUGGCUGUGAAACUCGUUUUGUUUGGCCUGAACCAACGAGAGGAACGUGGGAUGUCCAUCGCACCAGUUCGUCAGAGACCUUUUCCGCCGGCUCGAACGGAAUGGUCUUAAAAGUGUUAKUGUGAUACGGUUUCUUCAAUCUAUUACURGGGAAUAUAACGCACCUUUUUCA